AUGCUGCCCUUUGUAGCUAGGGAUAUUUGUUCUUAUGCUAGUAGUAUUGGUAUGAAGCUAAGUCCAUCCAAAUGUAAAGAGUUACGCAUAGAUUUCUUACAGUACAAGCCCUCCGACCUGCCUCUCUUACAGAUGUCGGGCAGUAUUACAGAGCAGGUGUCAUCUUAUAAGUUGCUCGGUGUCCAUCUGUCGCACAAUUUAUCAUGGUCUAUUCACUGCGACUAUAUUGUGAAGAGAGCACGCAAGCGUCUCUACGUUUUGCGUGUCUUAAUGAAAUCAGGCCUCCCACCAGCUGAUCUCAUUCAGGUUUAUUGUAGCCUUGUGCGGCCCAUUUUAGAAUGUGAUGCAUCUCCGGUGUGGGCAGCGUUAACCAACUGUCUGGUUCAAUUGGUGGAAAGCGUGCAGAAGUCUGCACUAGGAAUCAUUUUUCCAGAUUGCUCUUAUGAGUCGGCACUCGUGCGCUGUGGCUUGCCUACACUGUUGUCGCGCGGUGAUGAGGCUUGCAGGAGUUUUAUAUCUAACAUCAAGGAGUCCGGGUUCCUUUCACACCUGCUGCCGCAGCCCACGAAUGUCGCUCAUGGG